AUGACCGACCUCACCCGAUACGACAUCCCGUCUGCCUCGGACCCUAAGAAGACCUUCGAGACGAUCAACAAGACGUGGGAAGAACAUCUCAAGAAGAAGGCAGAAGAGCGACUGGCGGAAGAGAAUAACACUGCGCAUGGCGAACCCGUGUGGCUGUCACUCUGGGCCUUCAAGGGCGAGCUGCGGCACUGGCUGCUUCUUGCGCAUCGAUACAAGUAUGAAUUGAGGAGGAAGCGACGGCCCAAUCCGACCUCUGAAGAAGGAGUUGGUAACGGUAGACCUUCUGCCAUGGAAGAGACAACAGAGACCGAAGGCCUCGUUGAACCUAUCGAAGAUGUAACCAAUACAUCGGGCUUCGGCAAGUUCUACGAAGCCGCCACCCGCCAGUACUCAAACUACGCAUCAGAUAUGGAGCAGCGAGAUAAGUCAAUUGGGACUCGGGCAAAACCUGAAGUCCAAACCAAAGGCGGCCUCGUCAUCAUGGUGCUCAUUGGAUGGACGAACAAGACAAAAGACCAAGUUGACGAGGCAUUCCGGAAACACUUUGUGCGGAACCUAGCCGACCUCAUCGUCACUAAGCCAUCGCAGGAUUGGGAUUGGUUUCGAAAGAUGUCCUUCAAACGUUACGAGGAGUACGUCGGCCCGCAAACUUUGGGAACCCCUGGAGGGCUUUCUCGGUUGUUAUUGGAUAAGCUGGAAGCUUUGAGGGACAGCGGGACCAUGACUGACCCUGUUGCCUUGAGGGUACUGGACGGUCACAUAGAAGCACUCAAGCUGUACCUGAUGACUUUGCGGCUGGAAGUCAGUAAUGUUUGCAUUGCCAAUGCAUGGAGAGGAGGACAGAUUGUUGCUGCGGACCAAGCUUUGCUCAUGACCUAA